GUCAUAAUUAUGAGAUUUAAAGUCAUAAUAACGAGAUAAAAAAGUCAUAAUAAUGAGAUUUAAAGUCAUAAUUACGAGAUUUUCGACGGUUAGCCUGCCCCCUGACCUCACUUCCUUCAAGUUCGAAAUCGGCACGACAGAGCGGCACGCGCUACUAGGCUACCAGUCGGCGCCAUCAUUUCGGACCUGAGGCUGAUGAACCUGCAAGUCAUCACUUCUCUCGGUCAUCCUCCUAUUCGCAAGGCGAAACAGCAAGGAUGGAUGAGUUGUGCGAGUUCUUGAGGUCGCGGAAUGUACCAGAAGAAAACAUAAAGCAACUGGAAAACGAUAAGAUCGAUCCCAAUGUCCUCCUGCUCAUGAACGACGACCAGUUAACCGAGUAUCUACCAUCAUAUGGAGACCGACUGGCUGUCCUUGGAUAUUGCAGAUUGAAGGGGAAGAAUCCUGUUGCCCGCAAAUCAAAACUUUUUGAGCGACUGAAAGCCAAGUUAGCAAAAAGUGACGAUCGUGAACACUUGUCUGAGAAGUUACCAUGUCAAAAUGCUCAGAAGAAAGAGCGUAAAAUUGAAAUUGGCUGGUUGAAUUUCCGUGACGGGAAAUUCUUACAAAUGAGGGCCAAAAAGGGGGGCGGGACCAGGAAAAUCUCUGUGUCCAAGAAUUGUUGUAAAGAUCAGUUAAUUGAACAGGCCAAAAACCUGUUUUUCCCUGGUCAGAAAAAUGCAGAAGGAAAUGUUCAAGAUUUUGCGAUUGAACUAACUGAUUUUCAGGAGCGCCCGUUAGAUCCCCUGACUACAGUUGGGGAUCUUUAUGAAGUAACAAAGCUGCCCAUUUUACGCUUUUACUUAGCAACAACCAAGAGGGAUGGUUGCAGUGAGAAUCAGCUUGCAGCCUCACCCAACCCCCCUAGGCCUAGUUUACCUCUAGCUGAAGGUCAGGAAACCGCAGAUGUGGUAUAUGCUAGUAGCAGCAAUGUCCUGUCUGAUACAAACAGUGAUCCUGAGCCCUUCGAUUGCUCCACUGUUGAAAUGACAGAUUGGGCUAGUGUGAGCGAAGUUGAUGCCGCCAAUGCUGUAGAUGACUUUGAGAAUAGUGGCACAGUUACCUUUUUCCAAGGACACCUACAUGAUCUGGACUGGGUUAGCCUUGAUGAUACCUUACAAACGUCUCCUCGGGCAUCAAGUUCAUCUACUCCGACCCUAGAUAUUGCUCAUGUGCCCAUUGAUCAGAGUGAAAGAACAAAGAGAAUAAUUGUUGUUCACCGUGGGCAGAUCCUGAGAGAACUAAUCACACAUUUUUUGGACGCGAGUGUCAUGCGAGAUGAUGUUUUCAUCCAAGUAAUUCUUCCCAAUGGAAGUUUGGAAAUGGCAGUUGAUGAAGGUGGCGUGUUAAGGGAUGUGCUAACUGAAUUUUGGCUGGACUUUUAUGAGCAAUGCACUUUAGGAAAUGCUUUCAAGGUGCCUUUUCUACGCCAUGAUUUUGGUAAGCAGCAGUGGGAAAGCAUUGGCAGAAUAAUAGCAAUGGGUUGGCAAAAAGAGAAGUACCUGCCUAUAAAAAUAGCCCCAGUAAUUUUGGAGAAAGUUGCCCUGGGAAGUGUGAAGAGUAGUCUUGUUGACUGCUUCCUGAAAUAUGUCACAGAGUCAGAGAGAUUGGUGUUUGAAUCCUGCCGUUCAGAUUUUGAAAGUGUGGAUCAGGAAGAAUUGAUUGAAGUAAUGGAUCUCCACAGCUGUCGAAGAAUGCCAACCGCUGAUAAUAUUGAACAGCUCUUGGAGGAGCUUGCCCACCAAAAGCUGGUUCAAGAACCCGCCUUUGUCCUAGAGCAGUGGAGCAAGGUGCUUGCACCCUUUAGGUCAGAUUUGGAAGGCAUUUCAGAAGCGUAUGUAAAUCUUCAUCCAACACUGAGGAAGGUGAUUAGGUCUAUCUCUUACCCCACUACUAUGAACGACCAGCAGAAGAACAUAGGAAAGCAUCUUAGCACUUACCUUAGAGAAUCUGACGCACAGCACCUGUCUCUAUUCCUUCGGUUUUGCACUGGCUCUGAUUUGUUUCUUGGUAAGACCAUUACUUUGAGCUUCACGAAUUUGCAAGGUAUGCAGAGACGGCCCAUCGCCCACACAUGUGGAUGCUACUUGGAGUUGCCAAUUGAUUAUGACAAUUACCCGGAUUUCAGACACGAAAUGAACAAAGUAUUGGAGAGUGGUGUGUGGGCAAUGGACAUAGUUUAGUUGAUUCAGCUGCCAUCAGCAGCCUCCUCAUGUCAAGAUGAUUUAAUGCAAUAUGUAAUAUGUAAAUAUGAAAUUAUAUAAUGUACUGAUGUAUUAAUGUAAUGAGAUUUAAUGUACAUAUUUUGAUAUGUUGGAUUAUGUAAAUAUGUUAUUAUAUGUACUGUUGUAUUAAUGAAAUGUCUUGAAGUCAUCCCGACCAAUACAUAGUUUAGCAGAUUCAGAUGCCAUCAACAGCCUCUUCAUGUCGAGAUUACUUAAUUUUAUGAUUUUGAGAUGCUGGAUUAUAUGUAAAUAGGAAAUUAUAUAAUGUAAUGUGAUUUAAUGUAGAGACUUUGAGAUGCUAGAUUAUAUUUAAUGUGUAAAUAUUUAAUUAUAUAAUGAACUAUUGUAUUAAUGUAAUGUAUUAAAGUUAUCACCACCAAUACAUCGUUUAGCCGUUUCAGCUGCCAUCAGCAGCUUAUAUAUAUCCCCAGCAAUACUUAUGUUGUUUUCUAAAGCUGUUUUAUGGGAAGAUAAUAAAAUAAUAAAAGUUCAUUAAAUUGUG